GAGGGCCGAGGCCAGGAAGAGCCUGAGUGCAAAGUCCCAAACAACAGGCCGGGCCCGGGGCGGGGCCAGCAGUCUGUGGCUCUUCCCUGCCCCGCGCAGGCUCCCAGGAGGGCUGAGGUCAGGGGCUGCCUGUAGGGUGUCAGACCACAGCUCUGUGCUGAGAGCCCGCAGUCUGUGGGAACUGCACUGACUCCCGACACCAAUGGCCUUGAGCAGAAUGGAGGUGAAAUGUGAUGGGACAGAGCGCAUACCUGUGGACUAUGUGAAGGGAAUCCUUCAACCCACACCCACCUGCGACAGCUGGGACCAGAUCUGGGACUUCCAGGCCAGGCCCGAUGACCUGCUCAUCUGCACCUACCCUAAAGCAGGGACCACGUGGACUCAGGAGAUAGUGGACUUAAUACAAAAUGAUGGUGAUGUUGACCGAACUCAACGAGCACCUACUCACGUGCGGUUUCCUUUCAUCGAAUGGAUAAUCCCGUCCAUGGGAUCGGGCUUGGAACAAGCUAACGCGAUGCCCUCACCACGGACCCUGAAAACACACCUUCCCUUCCAACUGCUGCCUCCGUCUUUCCUGGAGAAAAACUGUCAGAUAAUCUAUGUGGCGAGAAACCCCAAGGACAACCUGGUGUCUUACUACCAUUUCCACAGGAUGAAUAAAGCGCUUCCGGACCCCGGGACCUGGGAAGAGUAUUUUGAGAGCUUUCUGACUGGGAAAGUGUGCUGGGGCUCAUGGCACGACCACGUGAAAGGAUGGUGGGAAGCCAGAGACCAACACCGCAUCCUCUACCUCUUCUACGAGGACCUGAAGAUGAACCCAAAGCAUGAAAUCCGGAAGCUGGGAGAAUUUAUUGGGAAAAAGCUGGAUGACAGCGUCCUGGAUAAAAUUGUGCAUCACACUUCGUUUGAUGUUAUGAAGCAAAAUCCCAUGGCGAACUACUCGGCAGUCCCCGCCGAGAUCAUGGACCACUCGGUGUCUCCGUUCAUGAGGAAAGGGGCGGUCGGAGACUGGAAGAAUCACUUCACCGUGGCUCAGAACGAGAGGUUUGACGAAGACUACCAGCGGAGAAUGGCUGGGACAAGUCUAGCUUUCCACUUCCAGUUCUAGAGAGAGAAAGUGUUCAGUUUAUUACCCAACUCACUGGGCAACAACCCAUAGCAGCUUCAUUCCCAGACCACACAGCAUUGGGCCCAGGUUCGUCAUGUUUGCUUUUGUUCACUCGACAAAGAAAAGAUCAGAGUUAGCAGCGAGGGGGGAGGUGGGGAGGGGGAACUGGGGAGAAGGUUCAAUAAACUGCUAGUUACAAACAUGA